UGGGUUGGAUCUCUCCAACAAGAGCCUUCAUGGCGGCAUCUCCUCAGCAAUCAGCUUGCUUGAUGGCCUUGUGACUCUAAACCUCUCUGGCAACUCUCUCCAUGGUCAGCCACCGGUUGGGCUUGGCCGGUUAGCAAGGAUGCGGAUUCUCGACCUCAGCAUGAACAUGCUCUCCGGCACGUUCCGACGAGUGAACACGGCUUCCCAGCGAUUGAGGUGGUGAAUGUCUCCUUCAACCAAUUCAAGGGACCACAUCCUGUGUUCCCUGGCGCAAUGAACCUGACGGUUCUUGAUAUCUCGAGCAAUGCCUUUUCUGGUGGCAUCAACAUCAUGGUCCUCUGUGUUGCGCCGGUCAAGGCCCUGCGAUUUUCCAGGAAUAAGUUCACCGGUCAGGUCCUCACCGGCUUCGGCCAGUGCAAGAUGCUUACUGAGCUCUCUAUUGACGGCAGUGGCCUUACCGGAAACCUCCCCAGCGACCUUUACACUAUAUCAGAGUUGAGGAGGCUGAGCUUACGAGAUAACCUGCUCUCUGGUAAUCUCGGCGAGAACCUGGGUAACUUCUCUCAGCUUAUCCAUAUUGACCUGUCAUAUAACAUGUUCCGUGGCAUCAUCCCUGACAUGUUUGGAGGUUUGAGGAGGCUGGAGUUCUUAAACUUGGGCUCAAAUUUGUUAACUGGCACAUUGCCUGCUUCCCUGUCGAGCUGCCCAAUGCUGCGAGUGAUCAACCUAAGGAACAACUCGCUGUCGGGCAAGAUUACCAUUGACUUCCGUUUAUUACCAAGGCUGAUCGUUUUGGAUGCAGGGGCCAACAUGCUGAGUGGUCCUAUACCUCCAGAUCUCAUGUGGUGCACUGAGUUGAGGACACUGAACCUUGGAAAGAACAUGCUUGAUGGGGACAUAACAGAGAGCUUUAAGAAUUUGCGAUCCUUGUCGCACCUUUCGCUUGAUCGUAAUGGCUUCACCAACUUGUCAUCCGCAUUACGAGUCUUGCAGCACCUGCCCAAACUGACAACUUUGGUGCUCACCAAGAACUUCCAUGGUGGUGAGACCCUGCCUAUGGAUGGCAUCAAUGGGUUUAAGAGCAUGCAGGUGUUUGUUUUGGCAAACUGUGCGCUCUCCGGCAUGAUUCCGCCUUGGCUGAAAAGUAUGGAGAGCCUCAGAGCGCUGGACCUUUCAUGGAAUAAGUUGAAUGGAAAGAUCCCACUAUGGUUGGGCAAUCUCAAUGAUCUCUUCUACAUCGACCUGUCAAACAAUUUGUUCAGUGGGGAGCUGCCUGAGAGCUUUACACAGAUGAAGGGUUUAAUUUCAAGUAAUAGUUCGAGUGAGCAUGCAUCAAUGGAGGAUUUCCCAUUAUUUAUCAAGAAGAAUUCAUGUAAUAAAGGUUUGCAGUACAACCAUGUCAGCAGCUUCCCGCCGUCGCUGAUCCUGUCCAAUAACUUGCUUGUUGGGCCAGUCUUGUGGGGCCUUGGCAAUCUUGUGAAGCUUCAUGUGUUGGACUUGGGCUGGAAUAACUUAUCGGGGUCAAUUCCUGAUGAGUUGUCAACCAUUUCAAGCUUGGAAGAGCUAAAUUUAACCCACAAUGGCCUCAGUGGGAGCAUACCAGAAUCUCUAGCAAAGUUGACAUUUCUCUCCACGUUUGAUGUCUCGUACAACAACCUGACUGGACUAAUCCCAGCAGGGGGUCAAUUUUCCACAUUCACAAAUGAGAAUUUCGUGGGCAAUGCUGGACUAUGCCUUCGUUGGAAUGGCCCCUGCUUUGGAAAGGCUCCAUUUGAAGAAGGAAGUGAUGGCACCGAUACCAUAUCCGCAAUGCUCACGAUGACAUACAUCACUGUGGAAGUGGGAUUCGCUUUCGGGCUUUUGACUGUCUGUAACAUACUGUUCUUCGCAAGGGCUUGGAGGGCCGCAUAUUUUCUGGCGGUCGACAGGUUCUUUGAUAAGCUCUAUGUAAUGACAAUGGUGAAGGUGAACAAGCUCACAAGAAUUUGGGAGGAUAAAGAUCAUCUUUAGAACAAGUCAGACAUUGCUCUUUGCAGGUCCUAUCUAGGGGGCUUGUGUGCAAAUGUUCUUUUUUACUUUAUAUAUGCCGUCUCCUUUUUCUCAGCUUAUUAUAGUGUCUUCCUUGCUACCACCUCAGGUGUCAUUAGGUGGAUAGAUUCAGUAGCAGGGGUCAUAUGGUUAGAUCUUGAAUUCCUCUUCAUGCUGAGGGCAAUAUUGUUUGUGAUA